CUCUACGCUUCGAAAACAAAUCAACUCGACGUCUGCGAACUUUUAAGCUGGCCGUUCGCGCACACGGACUCGAAAAUGCCUCCACGGAGUAAAGAAGCGGCACAGAUAAUCCAGCAGUUGCUCCCCGCACAUCGGCUGCCUCGCUCGCCAUCGUCGCGGCGUUCCCUGUGCCUCCAAUGCCAGACCCGCCUCCUUCAGUUCUCUGCACCGCAACGCCUACUCCUGUCGACAGUCUCGGUCUCGGCACGCGCACACCAAGUCCCCGCCAGAGCAUUCUCGACCUCUGCGCCACUGUUCAAGAAAUCCUCGUCGUCGUCCAAAUCCUCGCGGAAGUCCCCCUCCGUCGACUCGCUCACGCACAAGGAUGACGUGCACAUCCCGGACAACAAGGCCACGCGCAACCGCGACAGCGAAAUCGACCCGUACGACUUCUCCGAGCUCGAGGCCGGGAUCGCCAAGGCCGUCGCGCGCCUCAAGGAGGCGCUGGUCAAGACAAAGGAUGCCGGCAGAGUCACGCCGCAGAUGAUCGAGGCGCUGCCCGUGGAGAUCAACGUCAAGGGCGCGGAGACGGGGAGAGGGAGUCCACACAAGGAAAAGGCCAAGGUGGGGGAUCUGGCGAGUGUGGUUGCGAAAGGUGGACGGAGCGUGCAGAUAUUCUGUGCGGAGGAAGCUCACGUCAAACCGAUCGCAUCGGCUCUCCUGGCAAGCCCCUACAGUCUGGUCCCGCAGACCACCGCUCCCCACACUCCAGGCACGACGUCGGUCUCUCAGUCCAACCCGCCGACCUCCUCCAACCACCUACUCAUCACCGUGCCCGUCCCGCCCAUCACGGCGGAGACACGCAACCUCGCGCGCGCCGAGGCCAAGAAGAUGUUCGACCGGGCGUCCCAAGAGGUUCGGAACGCGAGGGGCGAGGCGCAAAAGAGGUUUCGAAAGAUGGAGCUGGGGAAGCUGGUCAUCGUGGACGAGUUGCGCAAGGCGCACAAGCAGAUGGAGGAGGUGGUCAAGAAGGGCCAGGAUGAGGCUAAGAAGGUCUACGAGGCGAGUUUGAAGGCUUUGGAGGGAUGAGAAUUCUCUGACGGGACGGGAGGGUAACACGGCAGAGGAGAAGCAAAGCAUUGUCAGUUGAGGUCCGUGAAAUAGACGGUCAAAAGGUGCAGCGGGAUGGAUGUGGGGUGUAUGACUACAUCCAUACGUGUGAAUCUUUGGAAAGAGAAGGAUCCGUGGAAAAAGCACAUUUGUACCAAGAAAGGGGACCAAAAAAUGAAACGGAACAGGCUUUGGAAAAGUCAUAUCAUGUGUGCCACUAUCCACUUGUACAGCUAGCUCGACGUCGACGAAGAGCUUCAGAAUGAGAACGGAAAGUAGCUCGAUAGAGGCUGCUUCCGCUAUUUCCCUCGAGCAGGGCUGUGCAAUGAUUGAAGCAAGCUUCCCAUCUGUC